AUGGCAUCAUCAAGGGCUAUAAUCAAUUCAAUUCUUGCUCUUAGGAUUUUAACUCUCUUGUUAUGUGCUGCUUCCCUUGCACUAAUAGUUAUCAGUAUGCUCCGCGGCAGCAUCAAAUCCCAAUUCCGUGGUAUCAAGAGCUAUAGGUAUGUGCUAGCUGCUGCAGCUGGUGGAAUUUUAUACUCAUUGAUUCAGCUGCCUUUCGCAAUGUAUCAUGCUGUCAAAGAGAAGAGACUGAUUAGAGGCGAAUUUCUCCCAAUAUUUGACUUCUAUGGAGAUAAGGUGAUAGCAUUUUUCUUGGCAAGCGGUGUUGGUUUGGGGUUUGGGGUAAGCGUUGAAUUAAAAGUGCAAGAUAUAGAAAGAGGAGAAAUCAUUGAGAGGGGUUAUAUUGCAAGUGGUCUUCUGCUGGCUGGAUUUACAACAAUGGCUAUACUCACAAUUCUCACGUCCACGAGUAACCGCAAGGGAAGAGGCUUCUAG